UCCACCACCACCACCACCCCCACCCUCCCGCCACUACUAGAGGGUAACCAUAAUUUAUUUUUGGAUGGACUAAAUUGACACAAAAAUAAGUUUAUAGACUUAAAUGGUACAAAUAACAUAAUUUAAGGGCUAUCUAAGUAAUUAACAUAAAUUUUUACACAGAAGAAGAUAUGUAUGACAAUGGAUGAGAACUUGCAUAAAAGCCUAUGAUCUUCACCUCAACCAAGUCCGCCAGUUUAGCCUCCUCCUUCUUGAGUGAGAAAGUGUUCUUCUUUUCUCUCUCCUACCUCCUUCCCUAUCUGUAUGCCAUCAUGCUUUCUCUCCAGCCUUCCACAUCAAUUACUCGCUUCUCCUCCUUUUCCCAGCUCUACCACCGCCGCCGCCACUCUAUAUCUCCACCGCCAGCGCCUCACCUCCCACUGACUCGCCGAACUCCUUUGCGCCACCGCCUUCAGAUACGCGCUCUCGACGCUGCCCAACCCUUCGACUACGAGACCCAAAUCUCCGACCGAUUUGCCCAAUCCACCAAGCUCAAAAUCGCCAUCGUCGGCUUCGGCAAUUUUGGCCAAUUCCUUGCAAAAACCCUAGUCAGCCAAGGCCAUACCGUCCUGGCUCACUCCCGAUCCAACCAUUCCCAAAUUGCCCAACAACUCGGCGUCUCCUUCUUCUCCAACCCCCACGACCUCUGCGAAGAACACCCAGAAGUCAUGCUCCUCUGCACCUCAAUAAUCUCCACAGAAAAUGUCCUUCGAUCGUUACCCCUACAAAGACUCAAACGUAGUACCCUCUUCGUAGAUGUAUUGUCCGUGAAAGAAUUUCCUAAGAAUUUAUUCAUUCAAAUCUUGCCAGGUGAUUUUGACAUCUUGUGUACCCACCCAAUGUUCGGGCCCGAAAGUGGAAAGGAUAGUUGGUUGGGUUUACCAUUUGUGUAUGAUAAAGUUCGAGUUGGGAAUGAAGAGUCAAGGGCUAUAAGGAUUGAAAGAUUCCUUGAGAUUUUUGAAAGAGAAGGGUGUAGAAUGGUGGAAAUGAGCUGUGCAGAGCAUGAUAAAUACGCGGCUGGGUCACAAUUUAUCACUCAUACAAUGGGUAGAGUUCUGGAGAAGUUGAGAUUGGAUACAACUCCGAUUAAUACAAAAGGGUAUGAGACACUGUUGAAUUUGGUGGAGAAUACAGCGAGUGAUAGCUUUGAUUUGUAUUAUGGGUUGUUUAUGUACAACAAGAAUGCGAUGGAACAGUUGGAGAGGUUGGACUUGGCCUUUGAGUCCUUGAAGAAGGAGUUGUUUGGGCAUUUACAUGAUGUUUGUAGGAAACAGUUGUUUGGGAAGGCGGAAGGCAUGGAUGUUUUGGAGGAUCAGCGGGUUUUGUCGAAGCUGCCGCAGAAUGGGGCCGCAUUGCCUGCUCCGUCGGAUACUGUGAGAGCCGAAAACAAUUAGGAUUUUGUGUUUAUGUGUGUAGGUUGUGGUAGUUCUGGUGUUGGGAUUCAGGGAAAGGAUCUCCCGAAGAUUGGGUAUCAGUAGUUAAACUAGGUCGAAUGCUUUAUGAAAUGGGCGGAGUUUCAAAAAUUAUAGCUAGAAAGGCGAUUUAAAUAGUGGCACCCACAAGUUUUUCUUCAUUUCUCUCGUAUAUCAUCGUAACGCCCUUAAUGUUAGGUUUUGAAAAAGACUUUUCAUGUCAUUUCCAUUUAGGUCCGAUUCGGAUGCCUCCGUUGUUUUAUUUUCCUUCCGCACCUUUUCCUCGAAAUGAGAAAGAAGAUGGUACACUGUUAUUGUAUUAUUUAAGUGCUUAUUGCAUGCCAAAAAUCUUACUUCAGGUCAC